AUGCUGGACGGCCUGAAGAUGGAGGAGGGCUGGGCCGGCGCGGUUGACCCGCGAACGUCUAUUGCUGCUGUAGGCAGAGCGGUGAGCCCCAAGUCUGUCUGCGAGGGCUGUCAACGGGUCAUCUCGGACAGGUUUCUGCUGCGGCUCAACGACAGCUUCUGGCAUGAGCAGUGCGUGCAGUGCGCCUCCUGCAAAGAGCCCCUGGAGACCACCUGCUUCUACCGGGACAAGAAGCUCUACUGCAAGUAUGACUACGAGAAGCUGUUUGCUGUCAAAUGUGGGGGCUGCUUCGAGGCCAUCGCGCCCAAUGAGUUCGUCAUGCGGGCCCAGAAGAGCGUGUACCACCUGAGCUGCUUCUGCUGCUGUGUCUGUGAGCGGCAGCUCCAGAAGGGCGAUGAGUUUGUCCUGAAGGAGGGGCAGCUGCUCUGCAAAGGGGACUAUGAGAAGGAGCGGGAGCUACUGAGCCUGGUGAGCCCAGCGGCGUCAGACUCAGGCAAAAGUGAUGAUGAAGAAAGUCUCUGCAAGUCAGUCCAUGGCGCAGGGAAAGGAGCCGCUGAAGACGGCAAGGACCAUAAGCGCCCCAAACGUCCUAGAACCAUCUUGACCACCCAACAGAGGAGAGCAUUCAAAGCCUCAUUUGAAGUUUCCUCCAAGCCGUGCAGGAAGGUGAGGGAGACCCUGGCCGCAGAGACAGGGCUGAGCGUCCGUGUCGUCCAGGUGUGGUUCCAGAACCAGAGAGCUAAGGCCAAACAGUAUCUUCACGCUCAAACAAAUGGCGGUGGGAACGCUGGGAUGGAAGGGAUCAUGAACCCCUACACGGCUCUGCCCACCCCACAGCAGCUCCUGGCCAUCGAGCAGAGCGUCUACGGCUCAGACCCCUUCCGACAGGGCCUCACCCCCCCACAGAUGCCGGGAGACCACAUGCACCCAUACGGUGCGGAGCCCCUUUUCCACGACCUGGAUAGUGACGACACCUCCCUCAGUAACCUGGGUGACUGUUUCCUAGCAACCUCAGAAGCUGGGCCCCUGCAGUCCAGAGUGGGAAACCCCAUUGACCACCUGUACUCGAUGCAGAAUUCUUACUUUACCUCUUGA